AUGCAAGACUACAUAGAUCAGGGGCAUUUGUCAAUCGUCCAAAAUGAAAGUGAACAAGGUUAUUUUAUGCCACAACAUCCAGUGCUCAAGCCAUCGAGUUCUACUACUAAAGUACGAGCCGUUUUUAACGCUUCUUGUAAAACCGAUAAAGGACUUUCACUUAAUGAUGUGCUUAUGGUGGGCCCUACCAUCCAAGAUAAGCUUUUUAAUCAUUUAUUAAGAUUUCCAACUUACGCUUUCGUCAUGACGGCAGACAUAGCACAAAUGUAUCGGCAAGCUUUAGUAGAUCAUCGGGAUAGAAAGUAUCAACGUUUAUUUUGGUACGACAGUAGCGGACAAAUUAAACCCUUUGAGAUGAACACAGUGACUUUUGAAAAUGCUUCAGCUACCUUUCUAGCGAUCAGAACUAUACAAAAAUUAGCCGAAGACGAAAGCGUGAAGUUCCCUUUAGCAUGGGCCGUUUUAAAACGUCAUUUUUACGUUGACGAUCUUCUUACCGGUUCGAAUUCACUCGAAGAAAUGCGACAAAUACGAGAACAGGUAGUUUGUUUGCUAGAUAUCGCCGGUUUCGAUAUUAGAAAAUGGGUUUGA